GCUAAUAUGGAAAUUUUAAAACAAAAAAAAUAUUAUCAGCAUGCAAUUUAAUGAUUGAGUUUUCAACUGCUUAAGUGUUUGCAGUUUGCACUGAUGGGAAAACUAAGGCCUGGGCAGAUCGACAAUGUUGCAAAAUGAUUUAGAGGCAAAUCUGAAAGCUGAAGGGCUUUCUUAUUCCCAGCCUGGAUAACAGCAUGCACCGUGUCAGUCAAGGUUUCUCAGGCUGCUUCCUUGCACUUGGUUCAGUUCUCUCCUUUGGGACUUACACCCCAGAGUGAGGCAAGGCUUUCAGUCUGUUGAAUAUUUGGCUUCUGUGCAGAAACUUCAACCAGCUAACAAGUUACUGCCAAGUGAGACAGAUGGUCAUUUUUAAGAUGUUGGCCCUGGUGGGACUGCCAGGGUAUUCUCCUCCUCAGACUACUCUGAAGAGCUUUCAGGUGGCAUCCACUCUGUCCUGGCUGGACUUGGCAUCUCCUGAAGGUGGCGCAUCAGAGUGCUUUGAAGUCGUGCCCCUGUUGUAGCGGGUUUGGAGGACAUGCUCUAGAUGACCUUCCCUAUGUAUGGAGAGGAGAGGCUGAAAUGCAAACGAAAGCUGAAGAAGCAUUCCAGUGACAUUUGCGCCUCCUGCUGGGUUCCCCAGCAUGUCUUUAUUCUUAUGUGCAAGAAGGUGGACCUUCAUAAGCAGAGACCUCCAGUAGGAAGACAGAAGGUAACUCAGGCAAGGGAGUCAGGCAGGAGCCACAGAACAGAGACGUGGACUUAGAGAAGAGUUUUCACUGGAUGAAAAAAAGCUGCUGAUCCACGAUAAUAAAAAAUUGGGGAAAGUCAUGAAAAUACUAAAUGAUUGAAAUGGCUGGUUUUGAGGGGAAGGCAUCCCCCCAGCAGCUUUACCAAAAUGUAACCAAGACCAAGACUACACUGGGACCUUGCGGCAGUUUUGAGGGCAUGGGAUAGCCAAGAUAGUCCCGGAGGCUUAGCCUCUAAGAGGCUUUAACACCUGUCUCCCGUUGUGGCAUUUUUGGAGGUAAGCAUGAACUAGUUUUGUGUUGGUAGCUUUUCGGUAAAAUCAGGUGGUACUGUCUAAGUGUAAGCCUUUGUUUUAUUAAGUAGGCAUAACAGACUAUGGUAAUUUUAUCUAGUGGUCCAAUAAUUUUAUUCCAAAUUGGUAAUAUAACGUUCUUUCUUGCUUAUUAAUUGCUUUUAAUUUGUGAUUGAGUCUCCCAAUUGACCCCUUGUGAGACCCUUUAAUUUCAUUGCCCUCGGUGCUGGUAGGUGCCAGGAAAUCGAAAUAGACACCAGUGUAAUUGUUGCCCCUCUUAAAGAAAGUGUGCUAUUUCAAAAUUGACUGGUUAGGAUCAUUUGAUCACAGACGAUUUUCAAGUAUAUUGCUUUCUGGAUAGAUCCAUUUUUAGAGGAUUAAAAUAAUGUGGCAGCCUAGUAAAAAAUGAAAUAAUGUUUUGAAACAGUUGUGUGAGCCAUAGAAGAAUUAUACAGUCAGGCUAGAUUUGAAUUGGAUCCAGAUUUCUCUGGCUCCUUCCGUUCGGGGGGUGGGGGUUGUUUUCUUGUUUAUUAAUUAGCACGAUGACUGUUCGUGUCCUCUUUUUUCCACUCCAGUGUGUGAAUGUUCCUGUAGAGAUGGACUGGUCUACACACUGGGGUCACAGCACCUUUUAGGCUUGAAUUUGAUUUUUCUGUAGAAGCUUUUCAGCAAUGUGGUGUAUUUUGUGAGAAGAGAGUCCCGUUUAAUUUUCCUAUCAAUAUACUUGUGUUCUCAAUGCUGAGGUAUAGGUUUCUGUUUUCUUAGACUGGUGUUAAAAGUUCUGAUAAUUUAUAGCUUUGGUUUCUUUGUGGCUUAGAAGUGAAUACAUUUCCACAACAUUAGUAGUUGAAAUAUCAUCUACAGACUGAUAUUUCUUGCCAAUCUGUAUAUUUCAUAAGAUGCUAAUGGUCACGUAGCUAUUUGUCUUCCACACUACAGCACACAAUUUGAUGCAACUCGUCACUUGAUGCACCUCAAGCUUGUGUUUCUCAAACUGUGAUUUUAGAGCCCACGUCUUCCUCUGGUGGACAGGAGACUGAAGAGCAUGAGUGUGGAUUGUAGAUUAUGGCUCCAGUUUGAAGAACCCAGGGUGUUUGAGUACCCUUGGCAAGUUCCUUAACCUACGCUUUAAUUUCUUCAUCUAGGAGAUAACAGUAACCCACGGGAUUGUGAAAAUUGGAUAAUACAGUACCUAUAUAUAUGAAGCAUGACACAAUGUUUCAUACAUGUUAAGACAUUGUUUAAAAUGAUGGUUGUUGUAAAGAAUUUGAAGAAGAGUCCUGAUGGGCUGGAGUAGUAAUGUCUGGAAUUAAUCAGACCUACUUGUAGGUGUAUGUCUGCAGUGCACUUGUUUCUGUAAGCCUUCUAGUUUCAUUGCUUUCAGAUUCAUUCCCCACCCUCCAGCCCCAGUCUUCAUCCACUGCAGAACGAAUUAGAUGGCAUUCUUAAACAUCUCACUUUGUCAAACCCACCACCUGUGGGCCCAGCUGUAGGCUGGUCUAAUUUGUGCCACGUCUGAAAACCAGAGACAGACUCCAGGGGUUAAUGUGGGGCCUCCAAAGCGGGGAUUGUGCAGAAUAAUUGUAUUUUUCCUCUAUUCUUCCAGUCCGUUAUGUUCUGAACCCACACAUGUUUUCGGAAGGACCAGAUGGCUGGCACUGGCUAAUGGGAACCAAAAGACAAGAGUGAAAGUCACCUGGCUGUCACAUAUCUCUAGCUUAGAGAUGCUUCGCCCUGUUCUAUAAUCAAUUUCUUUUUUCCCCUGGAGACUUCGUCUCACUGUACCAAAAACUACUGGGAUAUGGUCCGACCUGUCUGGGGUUAGGCUACUAUCCAUGUGAUGAAGUUGAAUGAAUAAGACCAUACUUGGAACUGUGGGAGAGAAGGAAUAGCCUCUGUGUUUAUCUGGGCAGCGUAGCCUUGUGGUUAUGAGUUUGGGGUUUAUAGUCAGGUGAAUCUGGGUUCCAGUCCACCAUCACCAUCUAGGAGUUCCUUGACAAGGGACCAAGUUACUUAACUUCCAAACCAGUUUCUCAUUUAUGAAGUGAAAAUUAUUAUAGUACAUUCUUCACAUUCCUCAUGAAGAAUGAAUGGAAUAAAUGAUUUACUAUGGAGCUCAGAAUCGAAUGAGAGGGUAAGCACAAAGGAAACAGAUCAAAGCCUGAAAAACUCAAAAAAACGACCAUAUACUAGAUAAGCUUGAAUGGAAACACCAGAACUGAAAUGAUUGGAGUCAGGCAGGCUUCUGAAGCUGUAUGAAAGACCACUCUCAAGCAUCUGGAAGAGACUUAAUGUGGCUCCUCCUGUGUAGCUCAAGUGUUUCUGGUUCAUAACAUAGAGAUUAAGGAAUCAAACCAGACCUCUGAGCAAAAGAAUGAUCUCGCAGCUCCCUUUCCUUGCUAUCUGUGGAGUUAAGUUAAUCAAACAGGUAGCCACAACACUGAGGGCCCAACAGAGUGUGAAAGCUGUAGAACUUGGCAGGAGACUGGAUGGGUAACCCGAAAGGAGACAGGUGAUUGCAAGGUUGUUGGGAGCAAAGAGAGGGUCAGGAGUUCUAGAAGAGAAGUCAUGAGGUAGGUUUUCUUCUUUGAAGGUGGGAAAGAUCAAGUGCAGACUGGGCUGUGGUCAACGUUUGCAGACCAGGAAUCCACACGCUCUAAUCAGAGAGCUCUUGGUAUGCAGGAACUGCCAGUUUGCCGCCGGGAACAGAGCCCCAGACUGGUAAUGGUGAGCCCUGAAGUCGCACCCCAGCUCUGCCACUCAGUGAGCACGGGUAAGUCAUCCACCUCCUCCGGGUGACCUUGAUGGCCCUCCCUCCUCAGAGGCAAAGGAAAGGGAGGCUGGGAGUGCCCAGGGCAGCCUCCUUGUCAGGGUAGGGAAGGAGAUCAGGAGCCUCCUCCAUGUGACGGAGGGGCUUCUCAAGGCUGGGUUCUCAGCAACCCCCUCCGAGACGGGAAAGGUUCAACUGAAACCAUAGUCACUGACCCAGAGCACCGAAAGUGCCAUUGGCUAGUCGUGCCAGUUUCCUGGGUUGUUGCCGACUUUGAAAUGGGGCAGUGGCACUGCUCGCAUUUACAGGCUUUUCUGUGAGAUGGCCUCACCCGAGCACUAGGGAGCUGGCUGCAGAAAUGUCUUUCUACAUUUAUCCAAGCAUUUUAUUCAGACAGCAAGAAUCACCAGUUUUAUUAUUGUCCUGUCUUGACUUUUUUCACCUCAAGACCAAGUUGGCUGAGGCGUUGGACCAACACGUGAGUGCUUUGAAAACCUGGUGUUUGAUUGUUGAAUGCCAGUUCCACCAGGUAGAUUUUUAAGCGUCUGCCCUUAAAGUCCAUGCUCUUGACCCUAGACUGAGGGUUCACGCUGCCCAUGGGUCAACCUCAACAGAUGAAAAUUUUUCCUUGGCUACAGCACCAUCCCUAAUCCAGACCAGCCAUGGAGAGGUUCGGUUCUUACCAGGAAAAUGAGUGAUUGUGGGAGUGGCUCACCACAUUGGGAAAACAAAGCUCACAUCCUGCUGAUGGUGGCUGAGGACUGUCGUGUCCACAUACAAAGAAAAGCAUGUGGCACAGUUUUAGGACAAAGAUAUGGUUUUGUGGAGUUUGAUGAUCUGCGUGAUGCAGAUGAUGCUGUGUACGAGCUGAAUGGCAAAGACCUUUGCGGUGGAUAUGGUUAUAGAAGAAGUGGCCGAGAUAAAUACGGCCCUCCUACCCGCACAGAGUACAGGCUGAUUGUGGAGAAUUUGUCAAGUCGGUGCAGCUGGCAAGAUUUAAAGGAUUACAUGCGUCAGGCCGGAGAAGUAACUUAUGCAGAUGCUCACAAGGGACGCAAAAAUGAAGGGGUCAUCGAGUUUUUGUCUUACUCUGAUAUGAAAAGAGCUUUGGAAAAGCUGGAUGGAACUGAAGUCAACGGCAGGAAAAUCCGGUUGGUGGAAGAUAAGCCCGGUUCUAGACGCCGCCGGUCUUACUCCAGAAGCCGGAGCCAUUCGAGAUCUCGCUCUCGAAGCAGACAUUCCCGCAAGAGCAGGAGCAGAAGUGGCAGCAGCAAAAGCAGUCCCUCUAAGAGCAGGUCCCGAUCCAGGUCACGGUCCCAUUCCCAGAGCAAGAGCCGCAGCCGCAGCCCGAGCCGCAGCCGCAGUAAGAAGGACAAAAGCAGCAGCCCCAGCAAGGAUGACAAGAGCCGCAGCCGCAGCCGCAGCGCUGACAAAGGCCGCAGCAAGAAUAAAGACCACGCGGAAGAGAAGACCCCCAACAAUGACAGCGUGGGGAAAUCCAAGAGCCAGAGCCCUGGUAGGCAUAAAAGUAAGAGUAAAAGUCGAAGCAGGAGUCAGGAGAGGAGAGCUGAGGAGGAGAAGCGAGGGAGUGUGAGCCGAAGUCGAAGCAAAGAGAAGAGCAGGAGCCAGGAGAAAAGCCUCCGCAAGAGUCGGAGCAGGAGUCGAAGUAAAGGAGGCGGCAGCCGGAGCCGCAGUCGCAGCAAAAGCAAAGAGAAGAGGAAGGGCAGGAAGAGGAGCCGGGAGGAGAGCCGCAGCCGCAGCCGCAGCCGCAGCCGCAGCAAGAGCGAGAGGAGCCGAAAGCGAGGCAGCAAGCGAGACAGCAAGCCAGGUGGCAGCGGCAGCAAGAAGAAGCAGGACGACAGCGAUGGCUCCCGGUCUAGGUCUCGGUCCCACUCCGCCUCGAAGGAGCGGGAGCACGCCAAGGUCGAGCCUGACCAGAGGGAAGGCCGGGGGCAGAGUGAAGAUGCAGGCACCAACCAGGAGACCCGGUCCAGGUCGAGAUCUAAUUCCAAAUCCAAACCAGACCCAUCAGAAUCGCGCUCUAGAUCAAAGUCAGCCUCAAAAACCCGCUCUCGGUCCAAGUCUAGACCCAGGUCUGCUUCCAGAUCACCCUCCCGGUCUAGGUCUAGGUCCCACUCCAGGUCCUAACUGGCUACGUCCCCGGUGGAACUACCCGAGAAGUCUUUUGUACAUGUUUGGUAGCCGUAGCACAAGUGAUUGAAGUAGACCACACGUCACUGCUGUACAUUUUUAACUCCCCUAAUGGUGUGUCUCUAAUUGUUAAAUCUCAGUGCUUCCUCUGUAAAGCCUCCUGGCACCAGGCCUUCCUGCUCGACUGAAAACAGAAUCUUCUCUUUGGCCCCUCCCCCUUUACUCAGCCCACAGUAGGAUAUCCAGAAUGCCCCGGCUGUCAGGCCUGGCCUUUACUGCUGGGAGUGCCGUACUUGGACAGCUCUCGGGCUGGGAUGACGACCUAGGUAGGUACGGUGAAUUCAACCAUUGUUGCCCUCAAAUCGAUGCCCUUUGAUGUCCACCAUUUAGUGAGAGUGUGACGUCUUACAUUUCCUACCACUUUGGGUUUCCUAUUUGGGGACUUAACAAAGUUGUGAAUAACACAGUCGAGGAAAAUUGAUACCUGCAGUAACCCAUAGAAAACAAACUGUAGAGUUCCAUAUUCUGGUAUUGUGACUAUAUUGUUUUAUAUUAAAAAAGAAUUUUUUUUAAUUUUAUUUUUCCCUGUCUUGCAAAGUAUAGUGCCCCCUGUUUCCAUUAAAUUUGAAUAAAGACUAUUUUUGCUUGA